AUGACACAUUUCCUUUCUACUGAGUGACAAGAGACAGCUAGAGUGUCUUUUAUACCAUCUUUUCCAUAGGUUUUAUUUAUGCCGUAAGACAUCGACAGGUUAUGGAAAUUCAGCACCGGAUGAAAGAUAGAGGACUUUGUUAAAGUACAAGAAGUUAAGUUGCUAAGCCGAGUCCUUGUGAAGAGAUAUGGAGACUGUGUUCGGACUGUUGGUGAUCUUAGCAGGAGUGUCUCAUGGCAUGGAGAGCCCCUGUGAUGCUAGAGAGGAUGGAGCUCAGUGUUAUGGAGCUCUGGGAGGAACUGUCUAUCUCCAGCUGAUCACCAAUGCCAGUGGACAUCAGGUUAGAUUUUGGAAGGGCCCAACUGGUGCUAAAACAGAGAUACUCACAAUGAGAAGAAACAUGUCGAUAACAAAAGGGCCUAUUAAUGGCAGGUCAGAGUUCAUUAUAAACAAGGGGAUAUUCAGGAUAGAUAACACAGUAAGAAAUGAUUCUGAUAAAUACUGUGCUGAAACAUUUAAUGCAAAUGGAUUAUUAUUGGGCUCCAGAAGACUACAACUGUUCAUUGAAGCCCCUGUGACACAGGCUAAGCUGUCCUCUAAGUGUCUGUCUCAUGGAGAGAUGAGGGUAUCCUGCUCCUCUGAGGGGGACAGUCCCCAGUACAGCUGGACUUUGAAUGGACACCCACUGAACAACAAUGACAGCUCUUUUGGUGAGAAGACAAACUCCAUCACACUGCAGAAAGGCCUGUCUGGGGAUCUCAACUGCACCAUCAGAAACAAUAUCAGCAGUGUUACUGUCAGCAGGGUAAUGUUACCUUGUCCAGAGAUCAUAGGGACGGUAGCAGGGUCUCUGGCAGGCAUAUUCCUUGUCCUAGUGAUGGUGUUGGCAGUUUACUGUGUCCAGAAGAAAAAGAAACCUCCAAAGACUUCAGCUACGGAUGACAGCCAGGAUGUGGAAUACGCUGAUGUCAGGAUACAAAAGAAGCAGAUGAGACAGAAGGAGAGGGAGGCGCUGCUGGAGCUGAAGGACAGACAGGUGAAAGUGGCGGGGGAUCCCCAGCAGACGAUGGAGGUGGAGUAUGGACAGAUUAAAACAUUAGAGGGUCCCCGGCGGAAGGUAGACACACCUGAGGAGGAGGACUGUGUGUACGCCAGGGUACAGAGAGGCCAGUGAGCAAGGUACUGUCUAGAUAGAAUAGAAGAGGCUGAGACUUUAAUCACUCGUUGCCUCCCAAUAAUCUCUCCUUUCUCCUAAAGUGUUAACUUGUUCACUUCCCUUCACGUAUGGCAAAGGAAAUUAAUGUUAUAUAGCAACUCCUCGUUGCCCAUGCCUAUACCAAUCCAAUUCUUUUACAUUUGUGGGGAGUAGUGAAGGAAUGCACACAUCUGGAAGGAGGAGAAAUUAUUGGGACGCAAACCUGAGGCCCAGAGUUGAUACAGACGACAGCUAUGUCUAAUUAUGUUGUCUUACAGUUACAGUAACAGCUUUGUUUUGCAUGUUCACACUUUAGAACACAUAUUGUCUGUUUCCAAGAAGUGGACACAUCACUUCAGUUUCUCUUUAUCACGUUUUAACACAAAAACAAAAAAAAUGAAACGGCCCUUUUUCAAAGAUAAUUCGUGAACGUGCCUUAGGCAUGGUGCAAGG